GUGUCACCCUUUGUUUGUCCGCCAUUUUACCGGCUCCGACAACGUGAUUUAUACGAUUUUUCACGAUGGCGUACAAAGGAGGGCAAAAAGUGCAGAAGGUUAUGGUACAGCCUAUUAAUCUGAUUUUCAGAUAUCUACAGAAUAGAUCACGGAUAUCAGUGUGGUUAUAUGAACAAACAAAUCUCAGAAUCGAGGGCUGUAUUGUGGGUUUUGAUGAAUACAUGAAUCUGGUUUUGGACGAGGCAGAGGAGGUUCAUAUGAAGACAAAGAACAGAAAAACACUAGGACGAAUCAUGUUAAAGGGAGACAACAUUACAUUGAUCCAGCAAGUUCAGUGAUGGUGAAUGGAUAGAGAGAUUGUGUGGCAGUGCGAAAGUGUGAACAACAAUGAUACUGUAACCUUUAUACAGUUUUCUGUUAUUUUAGAAGCAGCAAACAAGAGAUCAUGCAUUUUAAAUGUUGUAUAUUAUGUGAAGAUUUUUGUGUUUUUGUAUAAGUCUUUGAAACAGCUGUUGAUAUUUUUUUUAUAUAAGAUGAGAGAUGGUUUGAUCUCUUAGUAAAAAAGGAAAUCUUGAGGAAAGAUAUGGGGAAAGUAGUGAUUAAUAACUCUUACACUGUGAAGAAUGCAGCUACAAUUGAAUUGAUAAAUCUUUUCUGUUUUAUUUCAUCAGUCAUUGUCAAUUUUUUCAUGUUAAAAACUUUCAUCAAAAGAAGCCGAGUAAAUUUACAGUUAUCAGUUAUAACAUAAUGUUUUCUCAUACAAAAAUCAUGAAAUAUUAAAUUUUAUAUUGUGAAGAA